CGCUUAAAGCGCUCACUCUCUCUCUCUCUCUCUCUGUUCCUGCCUUCGCUUCCUCUUCCUCCCAUGGCUUCCUCCCUUCCCCACCUCUCCGACACCGAUGACGACGCCGUUAACGCCGUCAUCGCCGAGGCGGCCGAUCUAUGCGCCCUCGAGCAGAUCGCCGCCCUCAACACCGCCCACCUUUCCGACUCCACCCUCCUCCCCUCCCACCUCGAAUCCCGCUACCGCAAACUCAAAUCCCUCCCAGCUUCGCUUCCCAAUCUCUCCACCCCGCAUCCCCCUUACCCGCCGGAGAAGGAGAACUUCCCCGAUGCCCUCGAAUUGAAUCGCGCCCGGACCCAGCCCAACUCACCCGCCGACCCUCGGAAGCCUGAGGAGCCGAUCGCUGGCCGAGACGGCCGCAAAGCCGAGAUCUUCCCCCUUGACAACGAAGUGGCCGCGAAUAAGGCGGAAGCCAAACCAAAAUCUGGGUUCGGUUCCUCGCCCUCCUUCUCGUUCGAUUCCUCGGGAGAAUCGUCGCCUUCGCCGCCGCGGCAAAGGUGCUGCUUUGGUUACUCGCCGAAGAGGGCGCAAAGGAGGAAGGGGAAGGGGGACGAUGUGCUCUCAGAGCUGGGCGUCCUGUCUCUUAAGGAGCAUAGGAAACUAAAGAAGGCGUUGAAGGAACAGGAGAAGGCGAUGCGGGAGUCUGAGAAGAUAGUGAAGUGGGUGAAGCAGGCGUCGGCGAGGAUGAACGCUGCUGCCAUCGACGAGUUGCUGAGCGACGACGAAGAGCUCAAGUGAUGGAAUGCAUAUAAGAGAUGACUCGGUACCCCUUUCUCUAUCUGCAAAUGAAGAUGAUGUUGCUACAUAGUCUUUUAGUGUUCUUUUAGCGGAGAGUUAUGCAUACUAAAUAUAUAUGUUUUUCCUCACUUUUUUUUUCUGUGAAAUGGAUGAAAAGAUAUAUGCAAAUCAAAUCAAUGAUCUUUCAAUUUUA